AGUUCCGUACGGCUUUUUUCUUCUUUUUUUGACCUGGCUGCAUUCUUGUUGCAGGUAAAACAUCGUUCUUCUUCGCUGCACUAGCGAUCACAGCUAUGAAGUUCGGCUCCCGCCCCACUGCACCCGCGGAUGACGAGGUUGUCGCCUCGUUUAAUGUUUACUUCUCUCCAUCGCUUACACACCAAGCGCACAUUUUUCAGUAUCCCCUGCGUCGUAAGCAGCGUCCGUACGAAGCAACAGAGGUGAGGCUUUUCAGCACCAACGUCUCUGCCCACGACGGCGGCGAAGCUUCUCCUGCGAGCAGUAAGGAUCAUUCCGUGUUCAGCGCAGGGUCGCGCUUGACAAUGAAAUGCUCCUUGGAUACCUUUGGAUCACCCUCAUUUAAGCCUUCUCAAGAAGCCAGCAGCGAUUUUAUGAGUCAAAUGGACGUCCAGCGCCUCAACACUUACAGUUACACCUUACACUCCCAGCCGUUUCAGACACAAUCGAAUUACAUGCUGGGGUAUAUCACAGCGGAGGGAAUUCAUCUGACGCCGGUGUCAACCAUUCAGCACUUCACUCCCGCGCUGGACAUUCCGAGCGCAUCUACCGGUGCUGUGCGUGUGGCGGAGUCGUUUUGCAGUCAGCCCAAUUCAAGCGCCACCCCUGGAUUUGCCGCAGCAGAGCGGAUCCAGCGGGAGCUUCAGCGUCAACGGAGUUAUGUUCUAAAUAAAGAAGCUGAUAGCGAGCGCGAGGUACAAGUAUUUCGCGCUAAUUCAGUUGAAAGCUCUGCGAUGCGGUCCCGGCUGCGCUCCCCCACUUUAGAGUCGGUGAUUGGCGGCGUCAAGGGCACAGCCGAGCAAGGCAGGGUUGAGAACAGCCUUUUUCCUCCAGAAAUUCUUCAAUCCGGUGGCAUCAGUGGCGGCGACGAGUCAAACCCGUCGAUGGUAAUCCAAAGGUUCGCCCAUCGCACUUCGGUGGUGGAACAGACAAUGCAACUUCUGCAGCGGUGCCAUAUUAUCACACUUCCUUUGCUACAAACCGUCAUUGUGCCCCACACGUCGAACGAUGUAGUGAAGGCAAUGGCGACUGUGCCGGACACGCAGUUGGUGGAGGCGCUCAAGACGUGUGCUGUGUGGAUGCAUGGCGUGUGGGUUAGUCGCUUUUGUGAUCAGUUCCGUGGCUCGGUUGCGGCGCUGCGGGAGGUAGUUUUGACGCGCUUUUAUCAAAGCCCGGACGGCAGUGUGACCCGCGCAGAGCUGAACGCGCUCGUCUCGUCGUCUACUUCUCGGCGCUCCAUUAAGGACAUUUUGCGAACCGUCGCUGUCCUUAACGCAGAAGAGAGCGACCCGACCAAGCGGCGCUGGCGACUGAAGUACGUGUCAGCGAACCCCGUCACACGGGACGCCGCCAUCCGCGCCUUCAAGAGCGUUUUUGCUGCGGAGGAAGCGAGUCAGCACGAGGCGUGGAAGCGGCGCUGCGCGCAGGUGGCAACGCACCUGCCGUACAUCAACGCGAACCGCCCACCGCUCCAACUUUUUCUGCUCGCACGGGGAAGUGCUCCGCCAACGGGCAGCCUGGCUUCAACUGCCGCGUCGCUGUACGUGGGCGGAGGCGGACUGUCGUCUGCGAGUUCUCCGGUGAGCUCUGGCAUGGGCGGGUUGCCUGGCACCAGCGCUUGUGCGGCUCCUUUCAGCUCUCCGAACGCGAGCGGGGCAAGCAUGACGUUCAAGGACGCCGAUAUCGCGCCGAUUCGCAAUUACAUCCGCGAACUGUUUGCUGAGUACGGCGUGAUCAACAAACAACGGGUGAAGGAUUUGGUAAUGCGUGCACAAGAGUCGCGGUACCCACACGCUAGUAAGGCGAUGCUCAGCAUGGCGCUUCAGCAGUCGCUUGACAAGUUCACUGACGCGACGUGGGUGCUCAAGUCUGUUGGGGAGCCGCUUGCAGACUACUACCGACCGACGAUUCUCGCUAUCGUGCUGGAGCUGCGGCAAUUUGAGCUGAGUGUGCUCAUGAGGCGACUGGAAGACGCCAUCCGUGAGCGCGGCCUCACCUCUCCACCGGAGACGGCCGCCACCGCGCGCGCGAACAAAGGUGGCGCGUCUGGCUCUUCUGCACCGGAGGCGGUGGUGCAGCGAGUCGUGGCGGAGGUAGCAGAGUUCAAGGCCGGUGGUCGGUUGUGGCACAUUAAGGGCGGGAACCUAAUGAACGACUAG